CUCGGCCUACGAUGGGUUGCAAUUCCAGAUGGUCUUCGCGCCUGUAGAAUCGACAAUUCUCUUCAAGGAGUGUUCAAACGUCAACUACAGUCGAACAGAAAUCUGGUUUUUGACAGCAGUUUCACAGAUCCAAUAAUCUACGAUGAGAUAACGAUAUCGGCCACAUCAAUUAGCGAGUUCGGAGACUGUUAUGAGAAGAUCGGGCAGUCGUAUGUGUUUGGGUUAAGGACAUUUCUCUGUAUUCGGUAUUCGUUUCAGAAGGAUGGGACGACCUCUAUGUUAUCGCUGCGUAACGCCAAUACUACGGGCGCCAAACGUUCUACAGCUGGCGCAUCAGCAAGAAGGAUGGGACGACCUCUAUGUUAUCGCUGCGUAACGCCAAUACUACGAGCGCCAAACGUUCUACAGCUGGCACAUCAGCAAGAAGAAAUUUGCUACGAGACCGUCAGCGAGGCGAAGUCGACGUGCUUCGAUGCAACUCAGGUAUCCCUCAAAGAUGGCACAACAGUCUUCAAAGCAAAUGCUGAACCUGCAGUGUGUCAUGUUGACGGACGCUUUGCACUCGAUUACAAUCUGAAAGGUGCCGAACUGAACUGCGAAAUGGACUCAGGAAGUGAAGUUCAAAACUGCCUCUCAUCGAGCGUUUUAGCAGUGAAGUUUCGCAACUGCUCAUUCCCAGAUUUCGAUAUGUCACUCAAAUGCAUCGGUUCUUUUCGAGGGACCAAUGACUCACGCUACAUUGUAGUGGCCAAUGAGGAGAGUGAGGAAUACCGCUGUGGGCUAUUAUCGUCGUCACCAGAUCAAAUUCUUUCCAUAUACUUCUCGCGGGACUCUUUAUGUGACUCACUCACCGAGAACGGCGCCUUUGAGACAUAUAAAUUAAAGCCAGUGCAAUCGGAGCGUGUCAUCUCACCAUGUCAGUUUCCGAGUUGGAUUCGUGGAGAAUACGACUCCCUUACUGUUACAGCCGACUGGCUACAGUAUGAGCAACCCGGUCAAGGCACGGUGGCUGUCAUCUCUAGAUGUGUUCACAUCACUGACGAUCGGGUACUUGUCUAUUCGGAGACGAAAUGCGGAGAACCUCUGGGCUACCACUGUUUAUGGUUUGCUCCACGAAGCGAAAGCCUCAUCGAAUUCAAAACAACCACACCUCAAGAAGAUCCCAGCUCAAGUGCCUGC